CGCCGCCAGCGCCUCCCUCCCUGCGUCCUCGGUCCCGGGCCGGCCGGGGCUGCCGCGGCGUGCGGGUGCCGGGCUCUGCCUCGCAGGCCAUGGGGGAAGGGGGCGCCGUGGGGCGCCGCCGGCCCUUCCCCGGGGCGCCGCGGCGGCGCUGGUGGCGGCGGCAGCAGCAGCAGCAGCGGCAGCGGCAGCGCUGGUGGCCGGGCCGCGGCGAGGGCGAGGGCGCGGGGCGCGCCGCCAUGGGCCUGGCCGGGCUGCAGGAGAAUGUAUUUACCGGGCAAUCAAAGAUCUAUACCUACAUGAGCCCGAACAAAUGCUCUGGAAUGCGUUCCCCCCUUCAGGAAGAGAACUCAGUUGCACAUCACGAAGUCAAAUGCCAGGGGAAGCCGUUAGCCGGAAUCUACAGGAAACGCGACGAGAAAAGAAACUCUGGGAAUGCAAUACGAAGCUCCAUGAAGGCCGAGGAACAGAAGAUCAAAGACGCCAGGAGAGGUCCCCUGGCCCCUUUUCCAAACCAAAAAUCUGAAGCAACAGAACCUCCCAAAACCCCGACCUCGUCUUGUGAUUCUCCCAAUGCAGCUGCCGCCAAGCAAGCCCUGAAAAAGCCCGUCAGGGGCAAACAGGCUCCCAGGAAAAAAGCUCAAGGAAAAACGCAGCAGAAUCGUAAACUCACAGAUUUCUACCCUGUUCGAAGGAGCUCCAGGAAGAGCAAAGCUGAGCUGCAGUCUGAAGAAAGGAAAAGAAUAGACGAAUUGAUUGAAAGUGGGAAAGAAGAAGGAAUGAAGAUUGACCUCAUCGACGGCAAAGGCAGGGGCGUGAUCGCCACCAAGCAGUUCUCCCGGGGCGAGUUUGUGGUGGAAUACCACGGGGACCUCAUCGAGAUCACCGACGCCAAGAAGCGGGAGGCUCUGUACGCGCAAGACCCCUCCACGGGCUGCUACAUGUACUAUUUUCAGUAUCUGAGCAAAACCUACUGCGUGGAUGCAACCAGAGAGACAAAUCGCCUGGGAAGACUGAUCAAUCACAGUAAAUGUGGGAACUGCCAAACCAAACUGCACGACAUCGACGGCGUGCCUCACCUCAUCCUCAUUGCCUCUCGCGACAUCGAGGCUGGGGAGGAGCUCUUGUAUGACUAUGGGGACCGCAGCCGGGCUUCCAUCGAAGCCUACCCCUGGCUGAAGCAUUAACCCCACGGCCCCGCCCCUCCCCCCUCCCCCCUCCCUUCUUCAAUGGACAAAGUGCCCUCAAAGGGAAUUGACUUUUUUUUUUUUUUUUUUUUACACAUUUAAUCUUAGCAGAUUACUUCAGAUGUUUUUAAAAAAGUAUAUUAAGAUGCCUUUUCACUGUAGUAUUUAAAUAUCUGUUACAGGUUUCCAAGGUGGACUUGAACAGAUGGCCUUAUAUUACCAAAACUUUUAUAUUCUGGUUGUUUUUGUACCUUUUUUGCAUACAAGUCGAACGUUUGUGCUUCCCGUGCAUGCAGUCAAAGACUCAGCACAGGUUUUAGAGGAAAGAGUCGAACACGAACUAGGAAGCUGGGCGAUGCGCCUGCGUCCACCCGAGGAGCCAGGACUCUCUCCCCUUCUCACCCCCGACGUCCCAGUGCCAGACGGGCGCGAGGAAGAGCUGCCUCCCCGCGGCCUGGACGGGAUGUUCCCAAGCUCUUGUUUUCCUGACAUCUCGACAGGCGCACAUUGAAGUGUAUGAAUAUUUUUUAAAAAGGUUUCACAGUAAGAUAGUCUUCCCCUCUGCUUUCUCGAAAGCUUACUGACCCGGUGGCUCACGGGCCGGGCCUAGAUUUACUCUUCCACGGGCUGCCGCUUUUCUGGGCACCUCGAAGCAUCAGGGCGGGGAAUCAAAGCAGAUGUGGGCAGGGACAAGCACUGCUUACCUAGCCCUGCCGGCAGGGGUUCCCGAAACUGGGUUAAUUUCUUUAUAGAAAUGUGAACACUGAGCUUAUUUUAAAAAAAAUAAUAAAAAUCAAAAAACAAAAAAGAAAAAAAAGAAACCACAGAAGACAACUUACAUGUAUAUAGGUCUUGAAGUGAGUGAUGUGGCUGCGUUUUUGUUUGGGGUUUUUUUUUAGUUUGGCUUUUUUUCUCCCCCUUGGUUUUGUUUCUGUAGAAGAGAUUUGAGAUGGUACACUACUCUAAUCAAAAAUAAAGUUUUGUAGUGGGACCAGAAAUUACUUACCCAAUUCCCCACCUCCCCACCCCCGCCCCAACCUGAUUCUGCUGGGUUGAAAGUUCCAGACCUGCUGUCAAGGCUUUUGUUUGUCAGACCUCCUGGUGUCCUUCCUGUGAAGAUGCAGCCAUGAACCAAAGGGUGAGCCUACAAGCCCCGAAAUGCAGGGUCCCCACCCCAGCUGCUGGAGUGCAGGGGAGCGGGCGGGCCCAGCGGCCCAGGGAUCACGGCUAAGGGUAAAGUUUUCACCUCGACUGUGACAGCAGGAGGAGCAGGUAGCUUCCUCCCAAAGGGGAACCGAUUCCCACUUUCUGUUAACCUGUAGUUCAGGGGCCUGGGGCUCUGGAGCCGUGACGUGGGGUCUCCUGGCCCCCUGCUCCCAGGUAAAUGUGAAUGGAGACAGGUAUGAGAGCCUGUCCUCAACUUCAGUGCCCCCCGCCCCGGUCUCAUGACGGUGCUACCUAAGAAAGUCUUCCCCCCACCCCACACUUGCCUGGUCAGUGGUCAGUGAAUUGGAGGAGGAUCCGAUGGGAGUGUGUAAAUGUGAGAUAAAAUGUCUUGGUUGUACCUGUUUGUGGUUUAGCUUUGUAUUUAAAAAGAAAAAGAAGGAAAUAAACUUGAAAAUUAUUUGUCAUCAUAAAAAUGAAAUGAAAAUUAAAAUAUUUAUUGCCAGGCG